CAGCUUUAAAUACGAGAGAAGAAAAAAAGGCAGGAAAAGACAGAGACAAAAAGGAAAAGCUUUUCAUUAAGUAUCAGCCCGAAGUACGGAUAGGUUGUUGGCUAUUAAGGAAAUAAUGUGAUGAAUUCGCUAACGUCAAAGAAGAGCACACCUGGUGGUCAUACAGGAAAAAAAUAAAAGAGGACCACAUCGCCUUUAGCACCAUUGUUACAAAGAAAACCUAUCGAUAUCACGGAAUCCUUACUGCGAGUAAUUCACUUGCGGGAGAAGAUCUCGGCAUGGAGGGAAUUUCAACGAAUAUCUCCUCCUUGCUUGGCAAUCCCAAUCACACUACGACAGAAACCUGUGAUGAAACUUUACAGAAGAUUUUUUGGGUCGUAAAUGGCGUCUUGGCUUUGAUCAUUUUUGCGGGAAACACUCUAACUUGUGUGAUCUUUCUGUCCACUACGAUUCUUCGACAACAGAUCAUGAACAUCUUCCUUGUCAGCUUAGCAGUUAGUGAUAUUCUCAUGGCCAUUAUGGUCGUCCCAGGUUACACCGCAUUCUGCGCGGGCUGUAAGUACCUCUCCACGGACACUUGCUGGAUUCUAGCGCAGACCAAAGACAUCGUGUUCAGUUCGUCCUUUUUCAGCCUAUUAGCCAUCACGUACGAUAGAUAUUUGGCGGUGUUACGCCCUUUGCAGUACAGCAGCAAAAUGACUAGAACCAAAGUCACUUGUAUGGUGAUAGCCAUUUGGGUUAUUCCUGCUCUCGUUGCCACCGCAAGAAAUAUAUGGUGGCAGACGCAAGAGGAAGAAAAAGCUAAGGUUAUUAAUCAGGUUUAUAACGUAAUACUAGUUUUUCUCCUCGUUGUGUUACCAGCUAUUAUAAUGACCGUUGUCAACUCGAUGAUUAUUCGCGCCAUUCGGACGCAGCGAAGGAAAACGAUUCCCAUGAGAGACUCAUUAAGCUCCUCGACCGAAUUUUCAUGUGAGGAAACACGCGCUGCAAGUGUUAGAAAACGAAAAGGAACCAGUGCAUGUGCUGCAGUUGUUUUAGUGUUUGUGUUGUCAUGGGUUCCCCGCUCAAUCUACAACUUCGCUUUUGUGGUUGGUCGUGCUGAUCUGGUUACUCCCCUUCUGGUAAAACUGUCCAUGUUUUUUCUUCUUUUGCAGUCAUGCGUGAAUCCUUUCAUUUACUCAUUUUACAGGACGGAUUUUCGGCAGGCCGCUAAACGACUGUUUAAAUUUGGCCAUUAAGGAAAAGGCCGCAUACGUGUAAUCUAUCUCAAGAGACCGUUCAACUUGUGGGUGGCCAUGUUUUUUUUUGCCUCUUUUUAAAUUUCUUUUUCAUUUUUCUGAUCAAAGAAAACAAGCUGUUCAUUUCGAUUUCAGCUGCUUGUGUUUUCUCAGUUGCAGAACCAAAUAAAGAGAGUUCUGACCGAGCAUAUUUGGGAUGUGGGGAAAAGUUAACGAUCUACUCCUUGUUAUAGAUUGACUUGUUAAUAAGUCUAUAAUCUUUUUCGCAGAUUUAUUAUAAACUUAGAACAUUAUUUACAUAAACGACUCAAAUUUCCGCCGAUUGCAUGGCUAUAUUUGUAAUGUCUUAACAAUCAGAUGUAGAGAGCGAUAGUAUUAGAUACGAAAUUUGUUUAUUAAGCACCGAAUUGCACAGUUUUGAUCAAGCAGUCAGCUGUUUGGUUGCCCUUUGGGUUGCUGCUGAAGCGUUAGAGACGUAAAAAAAUUUGCGCUGAAGGAGCUGACAAUCUUUGACUUUUCUUUGAGUCAUUGAAAUCUGUUGGGAAUGAAGAAAACUUAUUGAGGGUACAAGAACACCAAAGAUCGAGGGUUACGGAUGAAGAAGAUUAAGGCUUCCUAAAAAUGCUCAUCCUGAAUCUUUCCAUGAUGCACGAUCCGUGACGUAGCUUCUUUAACGACCCUUUCAGCACUCGAAGUGAUCAGCUUUAAAUUCUCCAUCAUUGGCUUUCUUGUUCCUCCUUACGAUCGAUGCUUAGUCAUUUUCAAUUGAGUGUGGAAACUAAUCCGGUAUCGCAUUGGUUUUGCUUCACUUUGCUCUGUGAUUGGCCCAAUAAACUCGCACCACCCUCUCAGUUAACCAAUCAGAUGCAAAACUAAACCCAAUCACGACCCCGUUUUCCCGCGCUUCUAGCAGCUUUGAGUUCUCAUUGGCGCUUGAGAUUAUUUGCCUUUUUUCUGAUUGGUUGUUGUGAUUACCUUAGUUUUGGUUUUACGACACUCAAUCGAACAACGCUCUAUACCAGCAUGCGAUAAUUCCUUUAGGCUGAAUGUUCCACGGUUGAAAGCGAUUUUUCACGUAGUAAAAACGUUGCUAAAUAUCUUGACGUAGCUAGAGGAAAACUAGACUUCUUAGUUUUUUAGCAUUGAAUUAAACUCGGUAAAUGAAGCCUGGAUAUCAAACUCUUUGUAAUUUCAAUUAAGGAAAUACUUAUUGACUCGGUUUCAAUACCGACUUGCGUUCAUUAACAUCAAAAAACUGUCGUAUUCAUCGUUUAUGUAAA